AAAGAUGAUUCAGUACUGUGGCUUAAUAAGUCUCGUGGAUUGGCAGUUUUAGAUUUUUGGAUAGUUGUUGUUGUCGUUGUGGUUUUGUUUUUGGAGUUGUGUACCUGUUUACCUAUGCUUUCCUAUCGUACGAUCAUCCGCGCUUAGUUACCUAGGCUAGGGGAAAACGAAGCAGCUUACGAUAUGGCAUCGUUCUUUAGCGCACUCUUACGGCUACUCUUUAAGAGGACACCCCAAGAAGGUCGUAUAGAUGAGGAACAAGGAACACAGAAUGUCGCUCCCACGGUAAACGCCGGGUCGACUACUGCGGCACCAGUCUUGGCGACUAGUUCGAAUGUUCUUCCGCUUGGCCAUCACAGCUACCUUGUGCCGGAGGAUAACCCUCUUCUUUUGUUCCGCCUCAUGGUGGGCAUCAGCACUUCGCCGUAUCUCGGUUACAGCGAAUCGAGCCCGGUGGGAACCCGCCCAGCCGCCAACAUCGGCAUCUACGCUCGCGUCGUCCACUCGGAGCAGAAGUCUAAAGAUCGCUACAAGGUGUUCUCGAUCUUGAUCAACGCCUGCUACUUCUUACAGAUUGUAGUAGCCGCGUCGCUCACAGCCAUGGGCGCGGCAGGGGUUAGCCACGGGGCGGUUACUACCUUUGGCGCCAUCAACACCAUUAUCGCAGGGCUCUUAACAUUUCUCAAAGGAAGCGGGUUGCCGGCACGGCUUAAGUACUACGGAAACGAGUGGAAGAAGAUACGCGAGUUUAUCGAGCAGCGCGAACGUGACUUUUCUCGCACGGGGUGCACGCUCGACGUCUACGAAGUGGUCGCAACCAUAGACCGGAUGUACAAUAAUACUAAGCAAGAGAUCGAGAUGAACACCCCCGAUGGUUACACGUCGGUGACAAGGAACGCGCGGGGCUUUAGGGAUAGCAACGAGAGGGUCGGGGGCGUGGAUGUCUCCAAAAUGGAAGACUUGGAUUAUCGAUUUAAUCAAGGCGUUAAUGGCACCGUGCACAGGAUGGCGGCGGGUCUAGAGAGAAUGGCACGAGACGUUACACAUCAUGUCCAGGAGCAAGGAAGGCAAAUGCAAGAAGUUGCCACCAGGGAAGUCGAAGGCCACGCGGCGGCGCUAGAUCGCGAGGUUGCAGACCGGCGUGCGCAGGCCACCCGAGCGGCCGAGGAGAGUCAACGAGAGGUACAGCAACAGGCGGAUCGCAUAGGACAGGCUGGGGCACAAGCCACGAGGGAGAUAGAAGAGACGCAGAGGACGGCGGUAGGGGAGAUGAGAGCAGCAGCAUCUGCUCAGAUGCGAAGAGUCGCCGACAGCAUAGGCCACCACCAUCACGAUUCAAGACACGAAGGUGAAAAGUAAUUUUUGGGGGGCGAGGAAGAUCAAAAGCUUACGUUAGGGACCUGGUACCUAAGAGAUAAUUACCUACCUCUAAGGUACCAGGUACCUAGCCUAACCUAAGUGACGCCCUCCACGCCCCCCCAUAUAUCGACUCGCAUGUACCUCAGCUACUUCGCCUGGCGAUAUACUCUGUUAUCACCGAAAGCUAAAGCCGCCACCGUCGUCGUCACGGGCCCCUAUGUAUAUGGAGUGGUAGUCGGACUUAGAAUAGUACAUCAUAACUUUC